AUGGACGUACAAGAUAUCCUACGCAGUAUUCAGCCCAUCCCAGGGGACGUCACCGCCGUGAGAACAGUCCAGGAAACACGACCACCUGAAGAAUUCGCCGACGCAUACGCCGCAGAAGUCAACCUGAAAUGCGCCUCCAAAGUAAUCAAAGCCCUAGACAAAGCCUACCCCCGCGACGCCUCCCAACCCCUCAACCACCUCCGCCGCUUCGCCAAACACGAGCACCUCUCCCCGACUCUCCAAUCCACCCUCCUCAAAGCAGACCCAUCAUCAACACAAACAAUCUUCGUCCUCAUCCCGCCUCCCCUCCCAGACGUCGACUCCCUCAAAGACCUCCUUACGCCAUUCGCACCCCCGAACAGCGACAUAACCCUAACAACCCUCCGCGUCCCCCUCUACGCCCCGCUCAACAGCGCCCAAGCAGAUAAAUGGACCAAGUCCCUCUGGCCUGUGCUAUACAACCCCGCUGCUCCGCGCGGCUUCGUCGCGCCCCCGCCUCAGAUUCUGACUCGCGCACGAGACUCAAUCCAGCCUAAGGCGGGACACUAUCUCGCGCUGGCAUACGGGGUAGCUCGCGAAGCUGAACAGUCUGGUCUUGGGAGGGGGGUAGGCGCCGUUGUCGUUGAUCCGGAGAUUGAUGCUCGUUUAGACGGCGAGAAUAUCGACGAUGAUGAUGAGGGGGAUGAUAAGAGAUGGUCGGACGCGGUAGUCGCCGUCGCCGGAGAUGCGCGCUACUCUCGUCAGGAAGGGCCCGUCCCGACAGGUCCUAAUUCCAAUAGACUAAUGUAUAACGCUGAUGUUGAGGGCGGACCGGAAUUACAUGCGCUUAUGAGGGUCGUUGAUUUAAUCGCUGGGAAGCGGCGUGCCGAUGACCCUGAUGAUACAUCCGCAUCACCACCUUUAAGACCGCUCGAAGCGCACUUCCUUUCCCAGUCUGAUACCACCUCCUCUUCUACCUCCGACCCCACCCACCAAACAACAGCAGCAGCAACAUCAACAUCAACACCAGAGACAGACCCAGACACCCCUCAGCAAAACCCCGAAAAAUUCCAAAAAACCGAAUCUGGCGCUAUACCCGUCCCCUCCACAUCCGUCCCCACCCCCACAUCUACAUCCUACCCCCCAGAGACCAACCCACGGAUCCGAUCCCGCACACAAGGAGGCUACCUCUGCACAGACCUAGACGUGUACCUCACCCAUGAGCCGUGUCUGUGCUGCUCGAUGGGUCUGCUGCUUUCGCGGUUUAGGGCGGUUAUCUUCCCGAGGGGUGGGAGGAUGAAGACGGGGGGGUUGGCUUCUGAGCCUUGUAUUGGGCCUGUAGCCGUGACUGAUUCUGGGGAUGGGGAGGGGGACGGGGGUGAUGGAGGUGAUGGAGGAGGUGAAGAAGAGGACAAGGGUGAAGUAGGGAGUGGUACGGAGGAGGCGAAUGAAAGGUUAUAUUAUGGCCUACACUGGCGCAAAGAGUUGAACUGGAGGGCGUUGGGGUUUGAGUUUGUGGAGGAUACAGCAGCAACAGCAGCUGGUGAUGGGGAGGGUGUGCAGUUUCAUGCUUGA